AUGUCUUCUGUCAAAAAAGGUAGUGCAGAAUGUGUUGUAGAAUCAAGAUAUAAUUUUACGAGAAUUCAAAUAAUUCUAUUAUCACUUUUUAUUUUUUUUGUAUUUCAAGUUUUAAUUUCAAUUUCAUCGUAUUCCGGACAAUACAACUCCCCUAAAUUUGGAGACUAUGAAGCACAAAGACAUUGGAUGGAAAUAACAUAUCAUCUACCUAUCACUGAUUGGUAUAGAAAUACAGAAAAUAAUAAUUUGUCGUAUUGGGGUCUUGAUUAUCCACCAUUGACUGCUUAUCAUAGUUGGUUUCUUGGAUUUUUAUCAAACAAAAUAAACAAAGAUUGGGUAGCAUUAAAUGUUUCUCAUGGAUAUAAUGAAUUAAAUCACAAAUUUUUCAUGAGAUCUAGUGUUAUUGUAUCAAAUAUAUUUAUCUAUGGUACAUCAUUGGUUUUUUUUCAAAAUACGGGAACAAACAAUGGUUUGAAAAACUAUCUUUCUAUGUUGUUGUAUCCUUGUUUACUUUUAAUUGAUUGCGGACAUUUUCAGUACAAUCAUAUUGCAUUGGGUUUAACAAUAUGGGCUUUUUCUAUGCUAAACAAAAAAAAUUUUAUUGGCGGUAUCAUUACAAUUUUAUCAUUUUUGUUACUGUGGUUCCCGUUCUUUCAAAACAUUGACAACGCAAAGCAUGUAAUAUCUAGAAUAUUUCCUGUCAGUCGUGGUUUAUUUGAAGACAAAGUUGCUACUUUUUGGUGUGUAUCGUCUGUAUUUCUCAGGAAACUAAGACAUAUACCUCAUGAAUUAAUGGUUCCAAUAUGUACAGCAUGUGUUUUAAUAUUUUGUAUUCCAUCACUUGUAAUGUUAUUUAAACGUACAACUAAAUUCAAUAUGAUUAGGGCAUUAUUUUGUUGUUCAAUGGCUUUCUUUUUGUUUUCAUUUCAUGUUCAUGAAAAAUCAAUAUUAUUUCCAGGUGCAAUUAUGACAUUAUUCAUUCCUUAUGACAAUAUCAUUGCUUUGUGGUUUCUUAUUAUUUCUAGUCUAAGUAUUUAUCCUUUGUUACUUGUGGACAAUAUACCCGAAUCUAUAUUUAUUAUUUUUGCCUACUAUUGUUCAUUUAUGUGGAUUACCAAAAAUGAAAAUUAUUCAAAUCGAACUAUUAUUAUGAUUCAUUGUAGUAUUAUUACUGGAUUUAUAAUAGCUUUAUCUACAUUCUUUCUUCCCACCAUACCACAAUAUCCAUAUAUUUAUCAAUUAUUUGUAGCAACUUAUUCUUUUAUCCAUUUUAUUGUAUUUUUUGUACUUUUUCAUCUAAUUGAUGAAAAUUCACCAAGAGACAAAUAUUCAAAUAUUAAAAAAAAUAAAUAA